AUGCCGUGUGGCCACCUCUACUGUCUUGCUUGUGCAUCCUUUUGGUUCCACCAGGGCGACGCGCCGCAGCCUUGUGUUAUAUGCCGCAAGAACUUCACUGGGGGAGAUAUCAUCAAGCUUUGGCUCACCACCGAAAGCCAGACUAGCCAGACGCCCGAGCCCGCUGCGGGGGAUGGGCAAAUAUCGGCCGCCGCGCAGGAGGUGCUUGAUGCAUGCGAGGCGGCCGCUGCAAACGUCGGUGCGAAGGAAGAAGAUGAAGCGUUGGCCAUAGCUCUGUCCAAGUGA